AUGGACAAAGGCAACGAAACAUCAACAGAAGAUUUCAUUCUUCUGGGACUCUUCCCUGAGUUCAAAUAUUCUGGCCUCCUUGUUUCAAUUAUUAUGUCUGUUUACCUCAUUGCUUUCACUGGAAACUCUAUCUUGAUUCUCCUAAUCUGGGUAGAUUCCCGACUCCAUACACCUAUGUACUUCCUCCUCAGCCAGCUAUCCAUCAUUGAUGUAGCCUACAUUUCAAGCUCUGUUCCCAAGAUGGCUAUUAAUUAUUAUCUAGGGAAACAAAAUAUUUCUCAUGUUGGUUGUGGAACCCAGAUGUUUUUUUGUUUGACUCUGGGGGGUUCUGAAUGCCUUCUUCUGACCUUCAUGUCCUAUGACCGCUAUGUGGCUAUCUGUAAACCUCUCCAUUACCCUAUUAUUAUGGGUCCAAAGAUCUGCGUGGGCAUGACAGUAGCCUCCUGGGUUGGAGGUGCCUUAAAUUCUCUAAUUCAAACAAUCUAUACCAUGCAUUUCCCUGUCUGUGGCUCUAGGGAGAUUCACCAUUUUUUCUGUGAGAUGCCUGCUAUCUUAAAGCUCUCCUGUGAGGAUACUUCAGAUUAUGAAAUGGGAGUGUUUGUGGUGAGUAUUGUGUUUAUCAUCCUCCCUUUCAGUCUCAUUGUGACCUCUUAUAGUCUCAUCUUCCUCACUAUCCUCCACAUGAACUCACCUGAGGGAAGAAAUAAAGCCCUAGCCACUUGCUCUUCCCACUUGACUGUGGUAAGUCUCUACUUGGGGCCAGGCAUUAUAGUCUAUAUGACACCUGGCUCCUCCUAUACAUCAGAGCUAAAUCAAGGUCUUUCUGUAUUCUAUACCAUACUCACACCCAUGCUGAAUCCACUCAUCUACAGUCUGAGGAACAAGGAUGUUUUGGAGGCUCUAAGGAAGACUAUGAGAAAGAAUCUCAUUUCAAAGUAA